CAUUUUCUCUCUCUAGCUUUCUCUCUCCUCACUCUCUCUCUCUAUAAGCAAAAACCUCUCUUUGAAUCCAAGUCUUCCUAAUUUAGUGGGGUUCCUUUAGAAGUUCAACUAUUCGUUCGCUACUCGCUUUUGCUUCUAAUGGGUUGUUGUUGCUGAUUUUGAUUUCCCUUGAUUUGCUGUUAAAACCCUACUUUUUAUCUUUAUUAAUUUCCAUACGCGUUUCUUUCUCUGUGUUGCAGAGAAAAAGACAGAAUCUUGAUUUUUCCUCUUCUGGGUUUUAUUUGUUUCUAUUAAUUCCGUUUAAUUAACUGCUGAAACCACCCACAUUUGAGUUUUUGUUGAUGGGUUCUUGUUGAGCAGAAAAAAAUCUGUAAUAAAAAUGAGAUCUUUUACUUCAUUUCAAGUUCUACUGCUCGGUUUCGGACUCCUCGUUGCGAACUGCGCCGCAUUUCCGAAAGACGAAGUUGAUGCUUUAAUUUCAUUCAAGAGAGCUGUUAUUGAGGACCCUUUGCAUCUUUUGUCGAAUUGGAAUCCCCUUGUCUCGGAUUCUUGUAGUUGGUCCGGCGUUUCGUGUUCCGUUAACGGAGAUCAUGUCGUGAAGCUUAAUAUAUCCGGUGGUUCUUUAAGAGGUUUUAUUGCACCGGAAUUGAACAAACUCUCGAGUUUACAAGAAUUAUAUUUGCAUGGGAAUUUGUUGUUCGGUACAAUACCUAAAGAAAUCGGGAUGCUGAAAAACCUCAAGAUAUUGGAUUUAGGCAAAAAUCAGCUCACGGGAACAAUUCCAACCGAAAUCGGAAACUUAAGCAGCAUCGUGAAAAUAAAUUUUCAAUCUAAUGGGUUAACCGGAAAGUUACCAUCGGAACUCGGUAAUUUGAAAUACCUUGAGGAACUUCGACUCGAUAGGAAUAAGCUUUCGGGUAACAUACCUGUGAUCAAUGGCUCCGAUUAUUCCUCCAAUACCCAUAAAAUGUAUGCUUCAAGCGGUAGCCUUACGGGUUUUUGUCAGUCCUCCCAAUUAAAACUAGCUGAUUUCUCGUACAAUUUUUUCGUCGGAAGCAUACCCAAGUGCUUGGAGUAUCUUCCUAGAUCAAGUUUCCAGGGUAAUUGCCUUCAAGAAAAAGAUGUCAAGCAGCGUACUACUGCUCAAUGCGCUGCCAUUGCUCAACCGCCGAAAGCUCAUUCGGAGAUUAACGCAAAGAACACGCCCAGUGAAGACAAAUCCAAACACGACUCAUCAAAGCCCGUGUGGCUCUUUGCUCUCGAAAUAGUGAUCGGAAUUACGGUAUUUAUCCUCUUCGCCGUUGCUCUUUUAACCAUCGUCCAAAAGUGUAAGAAAAAACGUCCUUCCAUCACUCCCCCGUGGAAGAAAUCCUCGAGCACUAAGGACUACACAGCAAUUUUCAUAGAUUCCGAAGUACUGAAGGAUGUAGCGAGAUAUAGCAGACAAGAACUCGAAGUAGCGUGUGAAGAUUUUAGCAACAUAAUCGGAUCCUCUCCCGAUAGCCAGGUGUUCAAAGGCAUUUUCAAAGGUGGGCCCGAAAUUGCCGUAAUAUCCCUUUGCAUCAAGGAAGAGCAUUGGACGAACUACCUCGAGCUUUAUUUUCAAAAAGAGGUGGCGGAUUUGGCGAGAUUGAAACACGAGAAUGUGGGAAAAUUGCUCGGCUAUUGCAGAGAGAGCAAUCCGUUUACAAGGAUGCUUGUGUUCGAGUAUGCUUCGAAUGGAACAUUAUACGAGCACCUCCAUUAUGGAGAAGCGUGCCAAUUUUCUUGGACGAGGCGCAUGAAUAUUAUUAUUGGGAUAGCCCGUGGAUUAAAGUAUCUCCACACUGAACUCGAUCCAUCUUUUACUAUAUCGGAAAUGAGUUCGAGUUCCGUUUAUUUGACCGACGAUUUUUCUCCCAAGCUGGUUGAUUUUGAGUGCUGGAAAACAGUUCUUUCGAGAUCGGAAAAGAGCUCCGGGACAAUAAGUAACGAAGGUGCCGUUUGCCUUCUCCCAAAUUCUAUGGAAGUACGGAAUCUCGAUAUUCAAGGAAACACGUACGCGUUCGGUAUUCUAUUACUCGAAAUCGUCAGUGGAAGACCUCCGUACUGUCAAGAUAGAGGGUGCUUAGUCGAUUGGGCGAAGGAAUAUUUGGAGAUGCCGGAGGUUAUGUCGUGUGUGGUGGACCCCACGUUGAAACAUUUUAGUGACGAGGAUGUGAAGGUGAUAUGCGAGGUGGUGAAUUUGUGCAUUCAUCCUAGUACGAGCACUCGUUCGUCCAUGCGUGAAUUGUGCGCCAUGCUGGAAAGUGGCAUUGACACAUCACUGUCUGCCGAGAUGAAGGCUUCUUCUCUUGCUUGGGCUGAGCUGGCGCUUUCGCCGUAGCGGCGAAUUUACUGUAAAUCGAGACGUAUACGGUAGCAUUUUUUUUUAAUUUUUUUAAUUUUUCAAUUUAAUUUCUUUCUUGAGGUGUUUCUGAGUUCUUGUAAAUGAUGUUUGUUUUGAGAAAAUGGAGGUUUUGUCUAAUUCUUAAGACACAUAUUCUUGUCUAAGGGUUAAUAUUUCUUGCAUCUUAUAUUCAUCACCUAAUUGUAAGAAAAAAAUGAUGAAAUAUUGAGCCAUGUAUACAUAUAGUUUUCAA